UUGUGCUGUAAUUGGAAAACUACCAUUAUCAGAUUUACCUAAUUGUUACCCUUAUCUGAAUGUAUCUUAUCCGACCGGGUGUUCUGUUAUCAAUCGAUAGACAUCGCUGUUGCUAUAACUCAAUCGUGGAACGACACGUAAUAACGGACGGCGUGUUUUUUUUUUUCUUUUUUAAUAUCUAAAUCAGUGCUCCAUAGAUUACGAGUAUUAGUUCAAUAAGAGGUGUCUGUGUGUGUAUACAACAACGACAACAAAAAAAAAUGGCGGACGAAGUUGAAAAACCGACUGUCUCGCUGAACUUAGGCGGCGCUUUCUCCGAAAAGGUGUCCGAGAUCGUUGAUAAUAUGGACAUAAAGACGGUUUUGAAGAAAAUGAUUGACAUGCCACCUGAGGGAGAGGACAAUGGUGAAACGAAGGAGCAAUUGCAGGGGAUCUUAGAGAAAAUCGAAGCAAUGUCCGACGAGGAAAGGGAAGAGUUCAUGGCUAAAAUCAAGCAAGGAUUGAUGCAAAAGCUUAAUUUUAAUCUAGGCCAAAACAUUGAUCUGUCCGGCUUGGAGACGGCCAUCAAGGAAGCUAUCGUACAAAAGCUCUAUAUGGUCGGUGCUAUCGUGGCGUUCAUAGUGUUCUUAUUGCUUGUGUUCUUCGGUUACAAACUGUACAAGUCGAUAAAGGACAAAGAAGUCAAGAGGGAAGAAAAGAAAAAGGCUAAACAAUUAAAAAAGAAAAAGUAGAAUUUUAAUUGACAUUUAAAAAAAAGAUGGUGGUUUUGACAGUAGAUUUAAAGUAUAAUAUGUCACUUUGGACUGAAUUGUCAUUU